GCAACAAUCGAAAGAUAAAUAGUCCAAUAAAUAUAUAUAUUAAAUACACAUACAGCACACACCAACAGUUAGUGGCCAGAGGAAAGCUCGUGCUGCCCAGCCAGAUGAAGCCUCAAACCAAAUAUGGAGUUGCGGCCACAGCUGCCUCGACGGUGCUCUGCGAGGAUGUGCGAAAUUUUACCACACGGCGACGCAAUCUCUUGUAUCUGAUGCACCGCUAUUUGCUAGAGAACGGCUAUUACAGCAGCGCGGAGGCGCUCAAGGGCGAGGGGCGACUCACCGAGGAGUACGAGCUGUGCGACAACGUCGACCUGGACGCCAUCUAUCUGGAGUACGCGAGCUUCUUCAAUCUGAAGUUUGGCAAAUAUCCGCGCAUUCUAAAGAAGAUGGGUCCCAAGCUCAAGGUGGAGCUGAACUCCACCAAGUCCGGGAAGAAUGCGACAGGUGCACCGGACCAGUCACUAUCGCAGUCACACUCACAGUCACAGUCACAGUCGCAGUCACAGCAGCGUCCCGGUGAUGCACAGGCCUGCUGGCAUGCGGGCGUUGGCGCUGCGACAGCCGCAGCUGCCGCCAGCCUGGCCACAGAGCAGCUGCAGCAGCAGCAACAGCAGCUGCAGCAACAGGGACCUGGACAACUGCAGGCGAAUCGCCUGGCGCUGCACAUCAAAAAAAUGGAGACGGCCGAAUCGACACCAGAGCCACGUUUGGGUGCACUGACCGAAAUUGAACACGGCCAUGCGGGCGACGAUGCCCUCUUUGCCUCGCUGGAGUGGCAGGCGCUGGCCGAGCUGGUCAAGACGAGCAUUCUGUGCGAGGACAUUAAGCUGCGCUGGACGGACGUCUGCGGCAAUCAGUGCGCCAUUGAGCUGGUCAAGGAGGCGGUCCUAACGCCCAUCGAGUAUCCGCAGCUGUUUGCGCAUGGCUUGAAGCCCUGGCGCUCGCUGCUACUGCACGGACCGCCGGGCAGUGGCAAGACCUUUCUGGCCAAGGCGCUGUACGCCGAGACGCGUGGCAAGGUGACAUUCUUCAAUAUCACGGCCAGCAUUAUGGUAUCCAAGUGGCGCGGCGAGUCGGAGAAAAUAUUGCGUGUGCUGUUCCACAUGGCAGCACGUCGUGCGCCCUCCGUGAUUUUCUUCGACGAGAUUGAGAGUCUGACCUCGAAGCGGGAUCGCGCCACCGAUCAUGAGUCGUCGAAACGUUUCAAGAACGAGCUGCUGCAGCUGCUCGACGGCAUGGAGCAUACGCUCAGCGGCGUCUUUGUCCUGGCCAGCACCAAUCUGCCCUGGGACAUCGAUGAGGCCUUCCUGCGACGCUUCGAGAAGAAGCUGCUCGUCCAGCUGCCCAGCGCUGCCGAGCGCUCCAUUCUCAUCAGUCGCCUGCUGGGCACAACGGUGAGCCUGACGUUUCGACUGCUCGAACAGCUGGUACAUCUCUCCGAGCACUUUACCGGCGAUGAGAUUCGCCUGGCCUGCAAGGAGAUCAGCAUGCAGCGGAUGCGCUGCGCUACGCGCGCCUGUAAGGAGGCGAAUGCACCAAAGGAAUCACCGGCCGCUCAGGAGGCGACCCUGGAGCGUGCCUUCAAGCAGAUACGACCGUUAGGCAUGAAGCUGCUGGCCAGGCACGAGCAGUGGCAGCAGGAGAACGGAUCAUGAGUAAAUUAAUCCAAAUCAAACGAAAGUAUUAUUGCCUUUCACGCACAUUGUCGAAUCCAUUCAAUAAAAACAUUCAACCAGGAGAGCCUACAAUGCAGG